AACGUAAUACAUUUGUAUUUUUUUUCAUUGUAUACUUAUAUAUUUUUCGAUCUAUGAAAAUAUUUUUCGUAUCUUAACGUUAUGAAUCAUGUACGCUUUAAGUCUUUAGAAUGGCGCCAACGUCUGACGGUUGACAGGUUAUCAUGCACGUGACAGUUAUUCAAUUUUAAUGUUAAAUAAUAAAAUUUCUAGUUUGUUAAAUUAACUAAUUGGGAAGCAUCGUGAUAAUACAAUUUAGUGCCUUGUAUUAUUUAUUGGAAUUAUGGAAGAAAAAACUCAAAUUGGAGAGGAUAACGUAAAUGAAAAAGAUAAUGUUGUCGCCCUUAAAAACAGAAUUCCAUUACUAAAGGAUUUAUUUCAUGUGCAUGGAAAGGUCGGGGAAGGAACUUUUAGUUCUGUAUUUUUAGCUACAUUAAAAUCUUCCGAUGGGUCAAAGAAAUUCGCGUUAAAACAUUUAGUUCCUACUCGUCAUCCUGAAAAGAUUGAACAUGAAUUGCAGUGUAUGCAACAGAUAGGGGGAAAAGACUAUGUGGUUGGAUUAGAAUUGUGUUUACGAAGUUUUGAAACAGUGGUAUUUGUAAUGCCAUAUAUGAGACACGACAAAUUUUCGGACUAUGUACAAAAUAUGACCAUUCAAGAAACAAAGGAUUACAUGAUAGCAUUGUUGACUGCAUUGCGUAGAGUUCAUCAAUUUAAUAUUAUACACAGGGAUGUUAAACCUAGUAAUUUUUUAUAUGAUCGAUGCCAUAAAAGAUACUUGUUAGUGGAUUUUGGAUUAGCACAAGAAUAUGUAGUCAAAAAUAAUUCUAAUAAACUUAAGUCAAUUAAUUUUGAAACCCAGUCGCUUAAGCGAAAAAGAUCAGAUGAAAAUAGUUUAAAUCUUUCUCUUAGUUCAAGAAAAAAAGUUACAGGAGAAAAAUGUUUCUGUUUUGGAAAACCAAAAGUAUGUUCAUUAUGUACAUCAAGACCAGAACAGACAGCCCCAAGAGCUGGCACACCAGGAUUUCGUGCACCUGAAGUUUUAUUAAAACAUCCUUUGCAAACACCAGCAAUUGAUAUUUGGGCAGCUGGAGUAAUGAUGUUGUGCAUCCUUAGUGGCACUCAACCAUUUUUUCAUUCUCCAGAUGAUUGCACUGCUUUAGCAGAAAUAACUACAAUAUUUGGAUCAAAUAAAAUGCAACACUGUGCACACAAAUUAGGAAAACAAAUUAUUUUUCAUGAGGAUAUACCAGGAGUUGACAUUGUAUCUUUAUGUCAGAAGUUACAAAAAAGAAAUAAGGGUUUAUUAAAUAAUUGUAGAGAUCAUAGCAUGUAUGAAAAGGCAUCGUUGGAUGUUCAAUUUCCAAAAGAAGCUUAUCAUCUUUUACUAAGCUUAUUGGAUCUAGACUACAAAACACGUCUUACUGCAGAUCAAGCUUUAGAUCAUCCAUUUUUUAAAUCAUAACAUAUUUUUCUAGUAAUUUUAAUUGUUCAUAACUUUUGUCAGAUUGAUAUUAAAAAUAUAUAUAUAUCGAAACGUAUACAAAUUUAAUAUUACAAUGUUAAUUUCAUUAAAUUGAAAAAUAUUGUAUAUUAUGCAAUUGGUACAUACA